AUGGCGCGAGACGACCCCGGGGAGACCGCUGCGGCGCAUGCGCAGACCGAAGAGGGCGUCGCAACCCCGACACUGAUAUCGCCGCCCGAGUCAAAGACACCGCCUACUGCCUCGCACAAGCGCAACCAGAUCUUCCCCUCCAACCCACUCGAUCGGGGCUCAGAACCUAUAGAUGCAGCGGCGUUAACGAAAGCGCUUGGCCAUAUCGAACAGGCUGGCCGAGUUAGGGAGCGGACACCAACAGCAAGCCCAAGCCGAAAGCGCCCGCGCAUAUAUGGCGACAGAUUCAUCCCAAAUCGCGCAGGUCAAGACCUCCAGGCAAGCUACAAUCUGCUCCACGAUGAAGCCUCACCAGCAACUCCGUCCAAAGCGAGGCGCACUCCGCACCACGAGCUACACUUCCAGAAGACCGAAGAAGCCAACCGCACCUACUCCGCCGUUCUCCGACAAGAGAUGUUCGAGGGCUCCGUGCCCCAAGCCUUUCCUCAGAGUCUGUCGCCGACAGAUAGUGCGAACAUGCGAGGGGCAGGACGCUCGCACACCCCUCCAGCCAGAACCACAGCGACGUUACCGCCGCCUUCAGGAACCCCAUCAACCCCGCACAAGAACCUGUUCUCCUACUCGGGCCAGCCAACUCCGUCAAGGACACCAUCAAGUCGACAUGGGAUUCUCAACCUCAACGCUCGUUCAGAUCUCUACAGCCUAUCUCCAAUCAAAUACAGCAGUCAGCGCAUGCUUCUUAGCCCACAACGUCAGGCCCGCGCCGUCUCCAAGGUACCAUACAAGGUUCUGGAUGCGCCGGAUCUUGCAGAUGACUUCUACCUCAACCUCGUGGACUGGGGCAGCCAAAAUACCCUAGGAGUAGGACUUGGAUCAUGUGUUUACAUGUGGAACUCGAGUAGCGGUCGCGUUACCAAGCUCUGUGAACUUGGCGAUGAUUCAGUUACAAGUGUCAACUGGAUACAGCGCGGCUCUCACAUUGCGGUCGGAACCAACCGAGGCCAAGUACAAAUCUGGGAUGCGCAGACUCAGCGCCGUCUUCGCACCAUGACAGGGCACACAGCUAGGGUCGGCGCCCUUGCAUGGAACGAACACAUCCUCACCUCAGGGUCGCGAGACCGUACAAUCUACCACCGAGACGUGCGUCAGCCAGAGCAAUGGUUGCGCAAGCUUGUUGGCCAUAAGCAAGAAGUCUGCGGCCUCAAGUGGAAUCAGGAAGAUCAACAACUCGCAUCCGGAGGCAACGACAACAAGCUCAUGGUCUGGGACAAGCUCAACGCCGAGCCUACCUUUAAGUGGAGUGAGCAUCAAGCCGCUGUCAAGGCCAUUGCUUGGAGCCCACAUCAGCGUGGUCUUCUCGCUAGCGGCGGCGGUACAGCAGACCGAACUAUCAAGUUCUGGAACACCCUCGUCAGCUCCAGCGGCCCGUCAGCUUCAGCACUCGCCUCCGCAUCGGCGGCUGCGUCAGCUGCAACCACUGCCAACGUCCCUCUAUCGCCUACGGCACCAGCAAAUCUCAUCAACAGUCUUGAUACUGGUAGCCAAGUGUGCAACCUAGCAUGGUCAAAGAACAGCAACGAGAUCGUAUCCACGCACGGUUACAGUCAGAACCAGAUCAUUGUCUGGAAGUACCCCAGCAUGCAGCAAGUCGUCUCGUUAACGGGCCACACCUACCGUGUACUCUACUUGGCCAUGAGCCCGGAUGGUCAGGUCAUCGUCACUGGUGCUGGUGAUGAGACGCUUCGCUUCUGGAAUGCGUUCAAGAAGAAGGAGCGCACUGGAGGUCUUAGCAGCAUGGAUAGUUGGGGCGUCAUCCGCUGA